CACAUUCAGCGCUAGCAUAGCGAUUUGAUGCUGGGAGCCACAAAAGUAUCCAAGUAGCGAACGCCACUCAGAGCUAUAAACAUCUCGUAAUAUGCAAGCUCCGGCUUAUCUACCCCCGCCCCCGACUCACCCAACCUCGGUUGUUCCCUCCAAGCGACUCCCAUUUCUCGCAAAGGAUAAUGAAAAUGGAAUUCUGAACGAUGCUAUCUGGAGCUUUUGAUAGACUUUUUUUGUGUACCUUUGGCUACACAUUCUGGGGCCCCGCGUUUGGCAGAGUUGAGGAAGGUUCAAACCCGAGCAUCUCGCCCUCGAGCCAAGACAACGAUAUUGGUCGGGCGGCGUCGUCACCUGAAGAUCACUGUCGACUCUCCUCCAGGGGAUGCUCACAGGGGACUUUCUGUGCAUUCGCUUGUCCACUCACCACACAAAAAAUGCGAUCAUCAAUCAUAUCAAUUAUUCACUCCGACGCGUUAAAUUUAUUCGCCAGGCACAAGUCAAUCAAUCGACGUAAGGCGCGUAUGCGCGCCUAUGUCACGGCCGCAGCGAUAAGGACUCCUUCAACAGAACCGUUCAUCUCUAGACCGGGGACAAGGCAUGGUAUAUAACUGGCUUCACGGAACGAAGUUCGUCGGGUCUCUCAGUACUUCUUCUUUCUCCUAUGUCUGAUUCAACGACAGUGCUUAUCUCUGGUGCAGGACCUUCUGGACUCG